UCUCUCUCACUCCUUCGUCUAGUUUUUGGUCGUGUGUGUUGCAGCAAAGUUCUGCUAGCGGUUAAAACAGUUGUUUAAUUAGUACUUACUAUAAAAUUUUUUUUAGAUAAAUGAACGCGACGGCAAUUGCUACGAGCAAGACGAACUGUAAUUGAUUUAAUAUUUGAUUAAAGGGAGAGAAAAGUUAAAUCGUCAAAAGUAGAAAAACUUUUUGUAUGUGUAUAUAAAACAAAGAAAAUUAGUUAAGAACAGAGGAAACAAGCAUAUUGAUAACAACACUGCGACAGAGGAGAAAGAGAGCAAUUAAAAUUGCAACUGCAAUUGCGCUUGCACAAUUGCCGAAGCACACCAAGUAAAUUAUAUAAUAAAAGACUGAAAAAUUAUACCCACACAGACAGACACACACAAACACACACUGCAAAAUACAAUAGUUACAAUUAACGAAACUAAAGCCACCGUCUGAAGAAAAAGCCAACACAGCAAGGAUGUCAUCACGUUCCAAAGAAAGAGUUGUUACCGCGUUUCGCAAAAUCUUCCACAAGUCCAGCAAUAAUAAUAAUAAUAACAACAACAAUCAUAACAACAACCACAAUAUUAAUAAUAACAACAACAACGAAAGGAGCUGCGAUAAGGUGGAUGGCGCCGAGCACAGCACCAGCAAUAACAACAACAACAACAAUAACCUUAACAACAAUUCGGUUACUGAAGCCGCAGCCACCUCAACAUCAUCUAGCACAGCAGCAGCAACAGGAGCGGGAGGAGGAGCAGCAGCAGCUGGAGCAUCCAUUGAAAUUGCAGCAGGAGCUGCUCAAGCAAGCUCCAAGAAUGCCGUUGUUCGAGUGGCAGCCGAGCAAGCCGUAUGCGAUUCACCUGGCAAACGACGCCGCCAGGAUCACAAAGUGGCACCGUCAACUGGACGACCGUUAAUUACAGCUCCCGAUCAGACAAUAAGAUCGCGUCGUCUGAUGAAAGAAUACCGCGAAAUGGAACGCCUGCAGUGCAAGAACGAUGCCGUCUUUACGGUGGAUCUGGUCAAUGACAGUCUCUUUGAGUGGCACGUGCGAUUGCAUGUUAUCGAUCCGGACUCACCGUUGGCCCGCGACAUGGUGGAGAUGAGUGUGUCGGCCAUUCUGUUGCAUUUGAGUUUUCCCGACAACUUUCCCUUUGCACCGCCAUUUAUGCGUGUCGUGGAGCCGCGCAUCGAGAAGGGUUACGUGAUGGAAGGUGGCGCCAUCUGCAUGGAGUUGCUCACACCGCGGGGUUGGGCCAGUGCCUACACUGUGGAGGCGGUCAUCAUGCAGUUUGCGGCCAGCGUUGUAAAGGGUCAAGGUCGUAUUGCGCGCAAACCAAAGAGUACAAAGGAGUUUAGUCGACGCCAAGCGGAGGAAUCAUUCCGUUCACUGGUUAAGACACACGAGAAAUAUGGCUGGGUUACGCCUGCUUUGGCCGACGGUUAAAUUUGGACUCGCAUCUUGAUUUACCCGCUCAAAGCAGCUCUUACGUUUGCCAACUUAGUCAACUAUAAAUACAACUCGAUUUCCAUUUACAUAAACGCCGCUCUUUACAAUAUUUACUACAAAAUAGUUGUAGGUUGCUUUUCCAAAAUACUGAUUAGAUUAUUUCUUGAAUGUAGUCAAGUAAUAUGUAAUGUGUAAACCAUUUCAAUUGUCGCAAAUGAAUACCAUCCAAAAAAAAAAAAAAAGAGAGGAAACGUCGGCGUCAAGUAAAAAGAAAUUAGCUUAAAAUGUAAUUUAGCUGUAGUCGUCAAUGCAAAUUACGCAAAACAAAACAAAAUUAUUUUAAAUUAAAAUUAUUUUACGAGUAUUAUACGAAUUGAGUAAGUUUUCAAAACCACUUAUGUUCCGCAUAUUAUAUUACUUAAAGUUUAGAUUACUUCUUGCAAACUAAAUGAAAACAUGUUCAACUGUGUUAUUUUAAUUUGUUGUGAUUUUUGUUAGGUUAACAAUCAAAUUACAGCUCCGGCUAACAUACAAAAAUAUGUAUGUUAAUGGUUCUUAAGUUUUGCAUAUAGUAAAUAAAUACAAUAUAUUUCUCUGUG